UCCCCUUCAAAAUACGACACGAGCGUUGACAAGAAGUUACAUUUAGUCAUCCUCUUUAUCCGAAAGCUAUGGAUAUCCGAAUUUCGCAGUUCUGACUCACAUACAUCUCAUAUGUGUGGUUGCUUUAAUUCAUGCACGCAGGUAAAGGUAACUUUCAGUCAAAAAAUGUGCCACCGGUCGUCAAUACGCGUUUUAUUUCGAAAGGUCUGACCAGAAGUUGUUUUUUUGUAACACCCAAGCCAGUCUGAUGCUACACACACUUCUGAAAGAGGCGACUGCUCAGCUGUCGUGUACGUGCUGCCGUCUAAAAAUAUUAAAUCUUUGAAUGUGAAAUUGAAUGUAUCCCUUGAGCUCGAGAGCUGCACCGGCCCGAGAGGUUUACAGUAGACAUCGUCUGGAUAAGACAGUACUUCCUGUCUGAGAAGCGUGGAGACGACUGGACCACGGUGGGUUUGGUGAAUUGUUUCGUAGACUUUUGCUUUAGUUUAUUAGGUGUGGAUGACCGGCGUUAUUUUGGGACAAUGACACGAACGGAUUACUUUAAAAUGAUCUCACAAGUUUUCAAGGACGCUGUUCCUGUCAUCACCAGCGGGAUUUUCACAGUGGCCCUUUUAUCAUGUGUUUUGUUUGGUAUCCAAACAUACUUCAACUUGACCCCGGGGGUCUUCAGCGUUGGUGCCACUGUUUUUCAAAAAGGACACAUCCACAGGCUUUUCGCGCACCCUUUUUAUCACAAAACCUUUGCUCAGCUUCUCCUGAACAUCGCAGCCCUGGUGCUUCUCAGUGGCAGCUUGGAGAAAGGUGUCGGCACGGUCCGUUUCCUGUUCUCGUUCCUCCUGCUGUCCACCACCACAGGCUUGUUUUACAGCUUCCUGGACCUUCUGCAGGAUGACAGCGGCCAGGGCCACACCGAGGGGCUGGUUCCUGUGGCCCUGGCCUGUGUUGCUCUGACCACCAUGCACACAAAGAUGACUAAAGGAUUCCUGUGUGGAGUCAGUUUCCCCACCAUGGCACUCCCUUGGGUGUUACUCAUAAUCACCACUGCCCUCAUUCCUCACUCUGUGCUCCCCUGUAAUGUCAUUGCCAUCCUGAUGGGGUGGAUGUAUGGGAGAGGAUGGUUCUCUCUUCUGGACGUGUCCGAGGCCAGGGCUGGCGUUUUGGAGAAGACGAUGCCUUUCAGGUUGCUGAGGAGCAUCGACGGUGUUAAGUUUGUCCCUGCUUCCACAGAGGAGAGGAGGAAGACCCUGCUUCCACAAAUCAAUCCAACGCCUGGGUCUUACCCGGUCCAGGCUUAUGCUCCAUUAUCCAGCAUUAACACUGCUGAUGCCACAGCCGUGAUGUACGAAGGCUGGCCGAACUCAACCAGUGCUCUGUCUGGUCCUACAACACCUCUCCAUGCUCAUGGACAUGGGUCAACACAUAGCUUUGGGUUAAGUCAUAGCCACAGCUGCAACCACAACCACCAUGCUCAUAGUAGUGGUCAGCUUUAGUUAAGCUAAUUUACUUGAUUGCUAUACAACAAUACCUAUAUGCAGAUAAGCCAUAUUCUAUUAAUACUGCUUUAGUUUCCACUCCUAAACCACAGAAAGCGAUGGUACACCUGCCGCAUCGCUUGUCAUUGAAUUGUGUGGACUACAAUGUCAAAUACGUGGGAGAGAAACAAACUGGCAACUGACAAGAUGUUUUCAGGCCUCUGUUUGCCGAGUCUACCUUCUCGAAUAAUCAAGUAACAUUUCUCUGAAUGUUUAAAUGUUACAGGUGACUUUUGUACAUAAGUUUAAAUUUUACAGUCUUUUGUAAUAUUUGUUUCGUAUUUCUACAAAUAAAUAUGUAUAAAGCUUAACUAAAAACAUUGUGUCCAGAUCAAAACUCAAAUUUACAUUUGUUAAACCCUAACUGUUGCAGAAU